AUGGCUCUGCAGGUGCUGGGCAUCACGCUAUCCAUGAUGGGCCUGGCUGGCACCAUCCUGAUCUGUGCGCUGCCCAUGUGGAAGGUCACGGCCUUCAUCGGCACCAACAUCGUGGUGGCGCAGGUCUUCUGGGAGGGCCUGUGGCUGAACUGCGUGUACGAGCGCACGGGCCAGAUGCAGUGCAAGCUCUACGACGCGCUGCUGGACCUGGACCCGGACCUGCAGGCGGCCCGCGGGCUCGUGGUCGUCGCCAUGGCGCUGGCCUGCCUGGCGUUUGUCCUGUUCCUCGCGGGGGCGGAGUGCACCAACUGCUUGAGCCACCCGCGGGCCAAGGCGCGCAUCGUGGUGGCGUCGGGCGUCACCUUCGUGCUGGCAGGUCUGACGGUCGUGGCGCCCGUGUCCUGGACCGCACACUCCAUCAUCAGGGACUUCCACAGCCCCAUGGUGCACGAGGCGCUGAAGAGGGAGAUGGGGGCGGCCCUCUACCUGGGCUGGGUGACGGCGGGGCUCCUGGUGGUGGGGGGAGGGGUGCUGUGUACCAGCUGCCCACCAGAGAGGGCCGCCUCCGCCUCCGCCUCCGCCUCCGCCUCCGCCUCCGCCUCCGCCCCCUCCCCCCGCUACAUGCAGGCCCAGACGGGCACUCACUGCAGCUACGCCAUCAAGAACUACAACUACGCCAUCAAGAACUACGUCUGGCUCUACGCCAUCAAGAACUACGUCUGA